GUUGAAAACAGCACGUCCGGUUUACCCGGAAGUAAGCACAAUUCCCAAAGAUGGCGGAGCAAGGUCCGAUGGCCAUAGCGAUGCGGCUCCGUAACCAGCUCCAGUCCGUGUACAAGCUGGACCCGCUGCGGAAUGAGGAGGAAGUCAAUCUGAAGAUAAAGGACCUAAAUGAACACAUUGUUUGCUACCUUUGCGCUGGCUAUUUCAUCGAUGCCACUACUAUUACAGAGUGUUUGCAUACAUUCUGUAAAAGUUGUAUUGUAAAAUAUCUUCAAACAAGUAAAUAUUGCCCCAUGUGCAACAUCAAGAUCCACGAAACACAGCCUUUACUCAACCUCAAACUGGACCGAGUUAUGCAAGAUAUAGUCUACAAACUGGUGCCUGGACUUCAAGAGAGUGAAGACAAAAGAAUAAAGGAGUUUUAUCAGUCACGCGGUUUAGAACGAGUCAUUCAACCUGCAGGGGAUGAUUCUGUCCCAGAUGCCACAGGUUUGCCAUACACAAGCUUCGACCACUCCAAAGCCCAUUUCUACAGAUACGACGAGCAGGUCUCUUUGUGUUUAGAAAGACUUAAUUCAUCACUCGCUGGAAAAGAUAAGACGAAACUUACUCUGCAGCAGAAGUUUGUUCGGUGUUCGGUGCGAGCAGAGGUUAGACACUUACGGAAAGUGCUGGGGCAUCGACUAAAUGUAGAAAAACAUCAAGUCCAGAUGUUGUUCAAUAACGAGUCUCUGCCUGAUCAUAUGACCAUGAAGCGGCUAUGGCUCUCACAUUGGUUUGGCAAGGCCCAGCCGUUAGUUCUUCAUUACACCAUAAAGGACAAAAGGGCCAGAUAGGACUGGCUUUAGUGUGUGCAGCUGUACAUAUUUUGUACAAUUAAUAUUCUAUUUUAAUAGUGUUUGUGUACAUAGACUUAUUUUCCUCAUUUUGUAUUUUUGAAAAUAAAUUUGAAAAUGUGAAACUA